AAAUGCUCCAGUGUGACUCCAUUGUGUGGGGCGAGUGUGGACAGAGAGAGGAGCAGAUGUUGUCUGCUUAAGGGGAUGGCAAUCCCAAUCCAGUCCUUGACCAGGAGCUGUCCUGUCAUUGGGAUUGAGAGGAGCCCUGGGCAUCAGGUCCAGGACUCUGCCUCAGUCCAUGGUGCUUCUCUCCCCGAGCUUCCCGCACCCCAACCAGCUUGAGUCGAUGUGGAAGAAGAGUGUGAGACCAACACAGGCUGGAUGGGGAAGCGAAGAGGCCUCAAAAAGCAGAAGUGGGUCGUGGAGACUGGACCUUCUGUGAGGAGGCUUGAAAUUGUCCCCCCUCAGGGGCCUGGCAUUGCUGUGGGUGACGUCUGUGCUGCAGACAUGACCCCGAGAGACGGGAGGCCUUGGCUGCCUGUAGCUCUGCUCCUUCUGCAGGUCCCAGGUUGUUGGUGUCUGAGUGGCCCCACCUCCGUGACGGGCACCGUGGGGGGAUCCCUGAGCGUGCAGUGUCAGUACGAGGAGAAAUUCAGAGAGGUUGCCAAAUACUGGUGCAAGAGACCAUGUUUGUGGAGUACUAUAAAGACCAAAGAGGCAGACAGAGAAGUGAGGAGCGGCCGUGUGUCCAUCAGGGACCAUCCCGCCAACCUCACCUUUACAGUGACCUUGGAGAGCCUCACAGAGGAUGAUGCAGGAACAUACUGGUGUGGGAUCGAUAUAUCAGGACAGCCAGGAACUGUGUUCGACCACACCUUCCGUGUUGUGGUGUCUGUGACCCCAGGCCCCAGCUCCGUGAGGCCCACCAGCAUCCCAGGUCUUCACAGGACCCAGCCAGUCCCCACGUGGGACACCGCGACUCUGCAGGAGACCCCCAAUUCCAGCCAACAUCCUGGGUCCCUGCUCAGCAGGAUCUACUUCCGGCUCCUGGUCUUCCUGGAGGUGCCUCUGCUCCUGAGCAUGCUCAGUGCUGUCCUCUGAGUGAACAGGCCUCAGAGGGGCUGUGGGGGCAGGUGACAUCAGCCCAGUAAAACCAGUACACCAAUGGCUCAUUAAUGGAUAGGAUGAUGGGGUGCACAGGAAGAUGGUGGGCAUGAUGAAAGCAAUCCAGAUUCAUUGAAAACAAGUACCAAAGAGCCUGUUUAAGUUUGGCUUUCUUCAAAAUCAGAUCCUGAGGCAAGGACUUCGGUGCAAUUAGUUUAUGAAAAGGUGAUCCCAGGAAGUAUAGUGAGGGAACAGGGAGGUGGGGAAAGCCAACCAAGUGUACUUUGAUGGAGAAGCCAUCCCAGUAGCAGCUGGGCUCCAUCCCACUGGACAGCCUCAGAGAUACGGUGUAGGACUCGCCUCAGAGCAGUCCCACCUAGCAGGGAGGAAGCUGGGGCAGUGAUCCACACACAUCUGUCCUCAAGGUGGGGGAAGAUGGCGGGGCUUCCUGUUUUCUCACAGAGUGGUGAGCGAAGGCUCCUUAUGUGGAGAAGGAGUAUUGUAGGCAGAGGGUCCGUCCUGGGGACAUGGAUUCUGUGCCACUUCUGGCCUGUUCUGCUCAGAAAACCACACACCCUCCUAUAGGUAAAGAGAGUCCUCAGGCAAAGAGGUGGGAGAGCUGAAGAUGGAAAACCACUGGCCAGUCCAAGGCUGUGGACUUGUGGAUAGUCUCUCUGGUUGCCCCAGAGCUCCAGCAGGCAAAGAGGAUAUGAGCCAGGGUGCCAACAGGGUGUGCAAGAGGAGCCCAGUGCGACUUUGGAGAGGACAUCGGGCAAACCCACAGGCUGCGAGCCAGGCGAGGGGCUGGCGAGGUGGAGAGCUUCAACAAAGGCCCAGUGUGGGGCGGGGACACAGCAUUUGUGAGGAUCCGGCGUGGGGACAGUUACCGGGACCCGGAAGGGGAGGGGAUUGGCCGUGAGCUGAGCUUGGGGGGACACUCAUGGAGGUUGAUGUUGUUGAGCAGCUUAAGCAGAAGAGCAGCUCCAACGAUCAUACUGAAUGUGAGUCAAGACUAAUUUGGAAGAGGAGUGCUUAUAAGGGAGCAUUUCAUUCUUCAGUUGGUGCCAGCAGGAGCUGAGUUCCUGUGAGAGUUGAGGGCUGUGGGUUCAGAAAGCUGUUUCUGGAGCCUGGGCCUCCUGGGUCCCCUCUUCUCCCUUUCCCUCCAUUCCUCACCACCACAUCCUCACCUGUCUGCUGCGUCCGGAUGCUCAAGGUCGAGGCUUGAGCUGAAGGACAAGAGGCUGGGGCCCUCAGCGUGGGGCCGUCCGGCCCUGGUACCAAUCAGCUUUGACGCUGAUAUUGACUUUCGAGGCCACGGGACCUGAGCACAAAAGCAGGUGGGAGAGAGGCAGAGCCUGGGCCUCAUGUCCAGCAGGAAACACCUGCCAGUCACCGUGUCACUCCUACAGGUCCCUGCUCGGCAGCGUCCACUUCCUGCUCCUCAUUCUCCUGAAGGUGCCCCUGUUUCUGAUUAUGCUCAGUGCCGUCCUCUGGGUCAACAGGCCUCAGUGGGCAGUUUGUGGGACACAGAGUCGGCCUGAUGAAGACAACU